AUGGCGGCCAUCGGAGUUCACCUGGGCUGCACUUCAGCCUGUGUGGCCGUCUAUAAGGAUGGCCGGGCUGAUGUGGUUGCAAAUGAUGCAGGUGACAGAGUUACUCCAGCUGUAGUUGCUUACACAGAAAAUGAAGAGGUUGUUGGAUUGGCAGCAAAACAAAGUAGAAUAAGAAAUAUUUCAAAUACAGUAAUGAAAGUAAAGCAGAUCCUUGGCAGAAGCUCUGAUGAUCCGCAGGCUCAGAAAUACAUCACGGAAAGUAAAUGUUUAGUCAUUGAAAAGAAUGGAAAGUUACGAUACGAAAUAGAUACUGGAGAAGAAACAAAGUUUGUUAACCCAGAAGAUGUUGCCAGACUGAUAUUUAGUAAAAUGAAAGAAACAGCACAUUCUGUAUUGGGCUCAGAUGCAAAUGAUGUAGUCAUUACUGUUCCAUUUGAUUUUGGAGAAAAGCAAAAAAAUGCUCUUGGGGAAGCAGCCAGAGCUGCUGGGUUUAAUGUUUUGCGGUUAAUCCAUGAACCAUCUGCAGCUCUUCUGGCUUAUGGAAUUGGACAACACUGCCCCACUGGAAAAAGCAAUAUUUUGGUGUUUAAACUUGGAGGAACAUCCUUAUCUGUCAGUGUCAUGGAAGUGAACAGUGGAAUAUAUCGUGUUCUUUCAACAAACACUGAUGAUAACAUAGGAGGUACACAUUUCACAGAAACCUUAGCACAGUAUCUGGCUUCAGAGUUUCAGAGAUCCUUCAAACAUGAUGUGAGAGGGAACGCCCGAGCCAUGAUGAAGCUGAUGAACAGUGCUGACAUUGCAAAGCAUUCUUUGUCAACCUUGGGAAGUGCCAAUUGUUUCCUUGACUCAUUAUAUGAAGGUCAAGAUUUUGACUGCAAUGUGUCCAGAGCAAGAUUUGAACUUCUCUGUUCUCCACUUUUUAAUAAAUGUAUAGAAGCAAUCAGAGAACUCUUAGAACAAAGUGGAUUUACAGCAGAUGAUAUCAAUAAGGUAGUUCUUUGUGGAGGGUCUUCUCGCAUCCCAAGACUACAGCAGCUGAUUAAAGAUCUUUUCCCAAAUGUUGAGCUUCUGAAUUCUGUCCCUCCUGAUGAAGUCAUCCCUAUAGGUGCAGCUAUAGAAGCAGGGAUUCUUACUGGCAAAGAAAACCUUUUAGUCGAAGAGUCUCUUAAGAUAGAGUGUUCAGCCAAAGAUAUUUUAGUUAAGGGAGUCGAUGAAUCAGGAGCCAAAAGCUUCACAGUACUGUUCCCAUCAGGGACUCCUUUGCCGGCUCGAAGACAACACACAUUACAAGCCCCCGGAAGUAUAUCUUCAGUAUGCCUUGAACUCUAUGAGUCUGAGGGGAAGAACUCUGCAAAAGAGGAGGACAAGUUCGCACAGGUUGUACUCCAGGAUCUAGAUAAAAAAGAAAGUGGAUUACGUGAUAUUUUGGCUGUUCUUACUAUGAAAAGGGAUGGAUCUUUACAUGUGACAUGCACAGAUCAAGAGACCGGAAAAUGCGAAGCAAUCACUAUUGAAGUGGCAUCUUAG